AUGCGUCACAGUAUUGAACUACAGCAAUCUCUGGAGAAGGCUGAAGAACGCCUAAAUGAACUACAAGGACAAACAUCUACUGAAUCACCUGUGGAACAGACCGCAGACCAUGUGGAACAGACCGCAGACCAACUGGAGCAUGGAGAUAAUCUAGAAAAAACAAAACUGCUACUAUCGGAGAAAGACGAAGAGUUGCGAAAGAAGGACGAUGAGAUCGCGCAACUGCGUGCACGACUUGGUGAACUUGGUGAUGUGGAACAAAAAAUUAUUGUCCCAGAAGAAGCCGCUGUUCCACAAGCACCAACUGAUGAUAAGGUCGCUGAAUUGGAAAAGAAGAUCACACAAAUGGAAGAAGAAAAGACGCAGCUUAUUGAAGGAAUUCAAGCCGAGCAGCUGAACGUUAUUACGGAAAAAGAUAAGCACAUAGCUCAGAUCGCUGAAGAACUAGAAACAGCUCGCAAUGACCUCCAUGAUGCCAAGAACCGAAUCCAAGAACUUGGGGAGAAGGAAGAAGAGAUCAACAAUCUGCACAAUGUGAUAGCUGAACUUCGAGCUGAACUUGCCAACGCGAAGAAAGAGAAGGAAGAAAGCGAAUGGCAUCUUGGAGAGCACAAAGAAUGGCUGAGCAAUUCAAAAGAGAAGGUCGCAUAUCUGGAAAAUCAGCUUAGCCUCAUGACUAGCGAUCCUGAUCGUCUAGCGGUACCUCCAAGCUCACCCAAACCACGAUCUGGAACCGAGAGCGCUGAUGAGUCAGCUAAAGCACAGAUACGAGCGUUGGAGACCAAAUUGCAACUAGCAAAUCAAUCGUUCAGAAAUAGUGAAGCUGAACGGCAGAAAUGUGAACAAAUCAACAGGGAUACUAUGAAAUAUGUAAUGCAACUUGAAGGCGAAAAUGGUCGUCUGAAAGGAAUUAAUGAAGAACUGUCGGCAAAGCUCCGAGAUUCGGCUUGUGCUCAAGUACUUGAAGAGAAAGACGCUCGAAUUCGUGAUCUUGCCGAUGAGCGUAGCCGUCUGCAGUGGAGGAUUGGCGAACUGAGCCAGUGGUGGAGUGACGCAAAAUGGAAGAUCGGCGAACUAGAAGCCGGCGUGGCUCACCAGCGGCAAAUGCUUGAUACGGCAAACGGGAAAAUUCAGAAUUUGAACGAUCAACUUGCAACUGCGUUAAGGUCACCGCAGACCUCCACCACCACGUACGUUGUACCACCAUCAUCAUUUAGUGUCAGUCAAGCGGCUCCUGGGCAGUGGCAACUAGCCAACACUUGCUUCGCACUACCACCAGCUCCUGCACCAACGCCCCUUUACAGCGCACCUAUCUUUGGCGCAUCCUUUUACAGCUCUCCAGUUUCUUAUGAGACUAAGAGAAUGAAGAUUGAAAUCGAUAUCGACACUCAACAAGAUGUGUUUGUUAUGGGCUCGUUCCUCAACUGGCAAUGUGCGUUGAAAUGUGAUCCGAUAGGUCCGGGAAGGCGAGGUAUAACCUUGGAUUUACCACGAGGAAGGCACGAGUUCCGAUUUUUGGCUGAUGGCAAAUGGCUGACGUCGUCAUUGUACACGAAAGUGCCCAACGGGUUUGGUGGCGACAAUAACCUGAUGUGGGUAGAAUAA